UAGCAGUUAGAGACACGAAAGUUAUUAAAUUGAUAAUUACAUUGGUAAUUACAAUUAAUAAAGUAUAACAAAAGGAAAUAUUUCUUCAGAAGUUGCACAAUCAGUCAAAAAAUGGGUAAAAAACGCAAAAUAACAUCAAGUGACUCUUCAGCAAAAAAGAUGAGAGAAAGUUAUAGGAAUUAUAAACAAGAGCAGCUGGCUAAUGCACUGACCGCUGUAAAGAAAGGUGUGGGCUUGAGAGCUGCAAGUGUUGCUUAUGAGGUACCUUAUUCUACGCUGAAAGACAAAAGAGAUGGAAAAAGUCAAAUUGGAGCUAAAAGUGGUGGAAAAAGUGUUUUAUCGAUGGAAGAGGAACAUCUGUUAGUUCAAUGGAUAUUAGAAGUAGGCAAAGCUGGCUUUCCUCCAACACCAGAUCAAAUCAAGGACAGCGUAUGGAAGAUAGUCACCAAUAUAAAGAAAAAAAACCCAUUUACAAAAAAUAGGCCAGGGCGUCAUUGGCUAGAUGCAUUCAUGAAGCGUCAUUCUUCAGAACUUUCAGCCAGAGUGCCACAAAACCUUUCUCAGAGAAGAGCAGAUGUCACAGAAAGUCAAACUACGUGCUUGGUUUCAAGAAGUUGAAUUACAUUUGAAAAAUAAGAAUUUACUGGAUAUAGAUGGCAAUAGAGUGUUCAACUGCGAUGAGACUGCAGCUUUAUUAAAUCCAAAAGGACUGAAAGUUAUUGUAAAAAAGAGUUUGAAAUCUGCUCAUAUGAAAGUUGGACCUGACGACAAAGAGUGUAUGACAGUCUUAGUUAUGGGAAACGCAGCUGGUCAAUUGGCCCCUCCUAUGGUUAUGUACGCAUACCAAAGAUUGCCACCAGCAAUAAUAGAAGAAGCACCGAAAAAUUGGGCAAUAGGCAAAUCUGAAUCGGGCUGGAUGACCAGUGAAUCAUUUUACGAAUAUAUUUCAAAUGUUUUCUACCCAUGGGUAGUAAAAGAAGGCAUCAAGUUUCCAAUCGUACUGUACCUUGAUGGACAUUCAUCACACCUGACGUUGCAAUUAAGUAAUUUCUGUUUGGAGAACCAAAUUGUAUUAGUUUCCCUUUACCCAAACUCAACGCAUCUAACUCAACCAAUGGAUGUUGGCUUAUUCAGCUGUUUAAAGAAAGCGUGGAGAAAAACUGUCUCGUCAUGGAGAUUUGAAAGAAAUGGAAUGGCCUUAUCAAAAAACUACUUUGCACAAGUUUUCAAAACAGCUCUUGAUUCAUUGGACAUGACAACUGUGAUGGAAAAUAGCUUUAAAACAUGUGGAUUGCACCCGUUCGAUGAAAAUGCUGUAAAGUAUUCUGAGUUAUUUAGUCAUGAUGAUGAAGCUAUUGAAAACCUGAAUGAUGACACUGUUUCUCAACCUCCUGUUAUUGAAUUUAACAAGUUGGAGUUUGUGGAAACGUUAAUUGACAAGAAUGUUAUAACCAUGUUUAAACAUGCUAAGCAGCGAGAUGGUAAUUGGUACGGGGAGGAAAAGUACGCUGAAUUAUUUACUUUCUGGAAACGUUGUGCAGAUUCAAAAAGCACCCAGGAAAAUAAUUCUCAUUGUGAUGAAGCAGCUCUUCCUUCUGUCAACAUCAAUGAAAACUAUUCCCUUGAGACUUCAAAUAUCGUGGUCGAGAAAGAAAAAAUAGAAGAUGAAAAUAUAUUUGUUCGUGAAUCGGUAAUAAAUGAAUUUGUAGCUCAAGAUGUGGAAUUGGUUAUAGAAUCUGACAUAAAUUUAAGUGAAAUAACCGUCGAUGACAUGGUAAUUGUAGAAGAUUCUCCUGAAUCAAGUAAUCAAGCUCUCUCUAAUUGUUUAAGCAAUAAAGAUACAAAUUGUAAAGUUUUAAAGGAAAUUGAGCUUAAUUCUAAUCCAUCAACAACUAUUAAAAAUGAAGAUGUGAAAAAGCCAGAAGCUCAACACGUUUCCAAAAUUUUCAAAGAUAUUUUAUUUUACCCAAAAAAAGAACCAGCUAAACCAGGAAAAAGACAACCAAAAGAAAAAGUUCCAGCAGUUGCAACUGGUGAUAUAUGGAGAAAGUGGAAAAAAGAAAAAGAAGACCAAAAAGAUUUAGCUGAAAAAAUAAAAAAAGAGAGAAAAAUUUUAAGAGAAGCUCGAACUAAGAUAAA